UGCACUAUACAUUCUCAUUAUGAGAAUUCUGGGCUUAGCAUUUUAGCAACCCAUUACGCCAUACCCUCUAAUUCACCAUUUCUUCUCCAUCAAUGGCCGCCAUUGCUGAGCUCAACACAGAGGAGAGAGAAACAGAGAGAACAACUCCAUCAAUGUCCGAAACCAAGGAAGAAGAAGAAAAACAAGGAGUCCUACUCUACUACAACUACACCUCUUCUCCCAUCGAAAACCUAAACCAACUCUUCACCUUCUACGAGUCAAAUUGUUCGUCACUCGGUCUACUCGGCCGAGUUCGACUCGCUCCUCAAGGCGUCAAUGUCACAAUCGGCGGAAAACUCUCUCUCCUCCAUAACCACAUCGCUGCUCUCCUCGACAACUAUGGCGGUUUCUUCGAAGGUACUGAUUUCAAGCUCGCCUCCUACAAUGAACCCUUGAGUAUGGAGGUUGCGAAAGAGUGCGGUUUCACUUCUCUUUCUAUUCGAAUUGUUAAGGAAUUGGUCACUCUUUCGUCAAAUCCUUUGAUUAAGACUCCUUCGAUUUCGAAUGCUGGGCGGCAUCUUUCUGCGCUUGAAUUUCAUUCAGUUCUUCAGAAUUCUGGAGAACUUUUGAAAGAGGAGUCGCCAAUCGACUUUAAAAAGCUUGUUUUACUGGAUGCAAGGAACUUGUAUGAGACGAGAAUUGGGAAGUUUGAAUCUCCAGAAGUUGAAACUUUGGAUCCUGUUACAAGACAGUAUAGUGAUUUGCCUGCCUGGAUAGAUAGUAAUGCUGAUAAGCUGCGUGGCAAUUGCGUCCUCAUGUAUUGUACAGGAGGAAUAAGGUGUGAGAUGGCAUCUGCUUACAUAAGAUCAAAAGGUGCUGGCUUUGAGAAUGUAUUUCAGUUGUACGGCGGAAUACAGCGUUACCUAGAACAAUUUCCCGAUGGUGGAUUUUUUAAAGGAAAAAACUUUGUCUAUGACCCUCGUAGGAUUUCAGUUGGGAGUUCAAGUAAACAUAUCAUGGGUAAAUGCCUCCUUUGUGGGACCUCUUUUGAUGAUUACUCCUCACGCUGUCGUUGUGCAUUUUGUCGGAUGCUUGUAUUGGUCUGCAUUGAUUGUCAGAAGGAGAAUGCCCAAUAUGCUUGUGAAUUGUGUCAAAAACAUGGAAAAGUUGCCCAGUCUGUUCCUCUAGUUGAUGAUAAUAGUCCUGAAGUAAUUCUGGCUUGCGAUGUUGGAACGGCUCCCACUGAGUGCCCAACUCCUCUUAGCGCAAGCCAUUCUCAAUUACCCUGCAUUCCUGGGCCUACGAAGAAACUCCGGAUAUUGUGUCUUCAUGGAUUUCGUCAGAAUGCUUCUAGUUUUAAAGGAAGAACUGCCUCGUUGGCAAAAAAACUGAAAACCUUGGCAGAGUUUGUUUUUGUGAAUGCUCCCCAUGAAUUACCAUUUAUAUACCAACCUCGUAAACCAGAUAAGGAGUGCAUAUUAAGUCCUCCUCAUCAUGACUAUUCCCCACCUACUAAAAAUUGCAGCAAGAAAUAUGCAUGGUUGGUAGCUCCUGAUUUCCACAAGAAGGAAGCAACUCAUUGGGAAAGGACUGAAAAGCCUUUUGAUCCACUUCAGUAUCAGCAGCAGACUGAGGGAUUUACCGAGUCAUUAUUGUAUCUGAAAUCUGUUGUUUCUAAGGAUGGGCCCUUUGACGGUAUUUUGGGUUUUUCACAGGGAGCUGCUAUGGUGGCUCUUAUGUGUGCUGAGAGAGGAAGACUAGACCUUGAAUUAGGUUUCAGAUUUGUAAUUUUAUGUUCUGGAUUUGCUGUUAAUCUAGCAGAACAUGAAAAAGGAUCCAUUACUCUCCCUUCGCUUCAUGUUUUUGGAAGCGAGGAUGGAGGUGAUCGGCAAAUAUCAUCUGGUUUUAGCAGAGAUCUAUCAUCAUAUUUUGAAGAUGGAUGCAGAGUGAUUAUCGAGCACGAUUCUGGUCAUAUAAUUCCUACAAGACCUCCUUAUAUUGAUGAGGUCAAAGAGUUUCUUAGGCGAUUUUUGUAACAUUAAUACAUUUUAACUUAAUGGUUAGGCAAUAUGCCGAUAUGUAUUUGUAUGCAAAAUUGCAAACAACUUGUUACCUUUUGAUCUUAUCAUCUUAUGUACUGUAAUUUAAUUGGCCCUCGAAUCCAAGUGGUUUC